CUAUCUGCUAAGACGAACAAUGAAGUUAUAAGCCUGAUCAGAACCAGCGAUUCCCUCCAGUCAACUCACCAUAUUAUUUGGGACACUCGUGAACUGUUGGAGGCCGGUUUACGUCGAUCCAAUAUAUUUUCAGCCAACGACUUGGCGCUCUCCACUAGGACACCAGAUCCUGCGUCAUCUGGAUGCCCAUUAUAAGUCGGGUACUUCACCCGGCGAGCAAACGCAAACCACCUGUCCGGAGACAUGGCUCUACAUCUCGACCACAAUAUGCCCCAUCGUCAACAUCUAUGGGUGUAGCAUCGGGUCACUCUGCCAACACGCACACUCGGGGACCCCCAACGCGUACAAGGAGAUCAGGAUGCACUCACGCCCUUAGCAGUCAUUCUUCAUAUCGCGAAUCAGCAUUUCCCGCUCAACUGCUUUCCUCUUUCCGCACAACAUGUACACAUCCUCAGCCGCAAACCUCCACAUUCUCGGACCUUUAUCCUGUAUUUCGGUUCAUACUUGAAUCCAGAUACGGCCAUACUCAUCAACGCGAUAACCACUGCCUUUAUUCCACGGCAGCCAUUGCACGUCAGUUCUCCCUGAACAACAGUGAUUGCUUCACCAAAAAGUCUUCGAGUACACAGAUCGCCACAUGUUCAUGGAAAAACAGCUCUGAAUUUAUCACUAGGCGGCACUACACCUCUUCACGCAUACCAACCGCAAACAAACAGCGUCUCACAAUACGAAAUGAUUCUGGAUCGCUAUCGGCAAGGAUCAACCCUCUUAGCCUAUCAAUUCACUCAGGAGCGAGGAGAUCGGCGCUCAACUCCAGUAUCGGGCAUGUGCCUAUACCCUCUCGCGCAAUAUCUCAGCACCACAGCACUCGAACAUUAGAGGAUAUAUCGGGCCUGCGGAUACCAGAAGAAUUUCUUCCAAUUGAGUCAACGCAGCGACAUGUAUCGCCACUGUCAUCCUUAAUCUUCAAGAAUUGGGUCGUGUCCCAGAUUUCCCAUGCUCGAGAGCUCUUCCAGAAACAGAAUUACAUGCAGGCGCUCGUUGUGAUCGACAAUUUCAAGGACCAUGAAUACAUGCAUGAGUUUUCGACAAAUCCUUCUCUGGCGACAAAAACCACACGCCAUCAUCUGCAGGACCUAUAUCUUGUUGAAUUUUGUUGUCGACUCGUGUGUGAGCAUGAAGACCAGAUGGGAAACAUUGACAUUCUGACGACACUGGAAUCUCUCAAUUCUUCAGUUCUGAAGUCCAUACAAACGCUCCAAACGCGCUCCCGGACGGAGUUCAGGACAACAUUCCAGUUGUAUCAGGACCCAUUCGUCGAUUAUACGCUUGCGAUCCUGACAAGAUACUGGAGUCGGCUUAUGCUCGCACAGGAAUCUUGGCCAUUGUCUCCAGAAUUUUCUACUGAGCAGGCAUCUCUGGCUUCGGCUGCGUUGCCUGUGCUAAGGGCGAUUAUGAACCGGAGGCUGUUUCCAUCAUCUACAUCCGUUCUGACGGACCUCACGACAGCGGAUGCAUUGGGAUCGAGCUCAAGGAGGGCGGUGCUCGAGAUGUGUCUUGUCGCUAAUGACAGUGCAAGUGCGAUGCAUUGGGUCUGGUUAUGGGACAGGCGCGACCGCAAGGACUGGCUGGACCAAUGGAACCAACCAGACAUCAGGCAAUGGCUGGUUGGGCAUUUCCUUCAGAGCGAUCGACCAGACUGGGCCAUUGAUCUAGUCAGAUUAGCCAACAGAUCCAGUGCAACGCCACAACUAUGGAUUCAGGACCUGGUUUUUUCAAUAUCCAACAUCUCAUCGUCCGUCGAUCUCAAGGGGAAACAUGCACUCGAGGAGAUACUGCGGCUCUCAGACAUGGACACUGGCGCCUUCGUGAAAAAGAAGCAGUACUAUAAUCUUGACUCAUGGAGUCGUCUAGACCAUCUGCAGUCAUGGCUAUCUGGUUUGCAGAAUCCGAAACUUGAGUUUAGCUGCGACAAACAUUUGGUGGAGCAUCGACUCGGGCGGGAGAUGGCUAUGGUCGGAGUUCUCUCGGGGAUUCUCUCACGGGAAGAUAUUGCGCAUUCUGUCGGCCCCGGAAUUUUAGCUACCAUUUGCUCUGUACGACCGCCAAUACAGUACCACUCUGUCAACGAUGCAUCAGCUGGCCCUUCAUAUUCAGAUCUGUAUCGCGACGCAUUGACGGACUAUCUCGAGGAGAAAACGAACAAGGGCCUUGGCACCAUCCUUUUGCAAAACGAUCAGGGAGUAGCAGCCAUUAAUCAAAAAUCGUCGGAAAGCUUGUCGUUGCUCAAGCGCGCCAUUCAACAAAUCAUGUUUCAACAUCAGCCUGAGGAUUCGUCCGCACCGGCAUUCCUGGUAUCCUAUCGGGAUCUUUUACUCAAUGUCGGAAAUCGAGCUGCCCUUCGGACAGGACAUCUUGGCAUUGUCUCGGAAAUGAUGGAAAUGAAGUUUCGAUCUUUGUUUGGCGACACUCUCUGGAACCAGACCGAGCGGACCUUUUUAAUCUCAGGAACAUCAAGUGUCGUUAACAGACACUUACAGGAUUGUAGUUGGCGGGACUCGUGGAUUUCAACUGCUCCAGAAGUGCGCGAUUUUGUUAAUCACCACAUGAGAUCUGUUUUGGCUAAGAUGUGUGCAUCAAGCAUUGAGGUCGAAGGGGCGCCAAUGAUGAAAUGGGAAGGACGGCUUUCGACCUGGUUUAUGACCUUGGCGGAGACCUCUGCUGCAACAGGACCUAUGGCUAGGGCUUUACAGUGUCAAGCAAGGCUCCGACCCGGAUCUCAUGCAUACGAACAAACCAUCAGGGCGUUGAUUGACCACAAGGAAUUCGAUUCGGCGAUCGCCCUCCAUUCCUAUGCGUACAGACUAUUCGAAACCAAGAGCCCCCUCAGCACCAAUACCAGCCGCCCUGCUAUCGAGGAACUGGGGAUGCUUGUCCGCAAACUUGCCAUAUCUGGUCACGAUUCCAGACAUUUGGACAAGGCGCAAUGGAUAUUCGAUCAGCAUUUGGCAAGGGAAAAAUUCUUGGCAGAAUCUGGACGCGCUCCUCAAGGGCCUUUGAUCGACAUUCAGACCGUGACAGAGCUGGUGGGAGCAUGGUCAAGGCGCGCAGAGUUUUCGAAAGCGGGCACCGUACUCGAGAUCAUGUGGGAGCACGGGAUCCGACCCACUAUGGUCCUCUACAACACAUUGCUGAAAUCGCUGGUAGAUCUGACACCCUAUUCGAGAUCCGGUAGGCGGGCUAUGGGGCUUGGAAAGCGGACAGAAAUGCGAGAGCUUGGUCGCAAGAUGAUGGUCCAGCAAUUGAUCACGUCAAAGGAUGCCGGUGGCAAGGAUUCAGGAGUAGAGGAUUCCGCAAUGGAGCAGGUUAAAUCAAAGUUAGAGGAUGGGUGGAAUCUCUUUCAGAGUAUUGUUUCCAAGGCCGCGAAGCAAACAUCAGGGAGGUUAUCACUACCCACUAAUGGGCUGGAUGCGCCGUCGGUGCUCAAGAGGUUGAUUACGCAAACAGCUAUCGUCUCCCGGGCCCCCCACUCGGACGUCGUAAGACUGAAUGAUGGCCACUUUCGACCUGAUUCAUAUACAUUUUCGAUUUUGCUUGGAGCACUCGCGCAACGGGGAGAGAUCGAAUCCAUCUCUGACCUCUUUGUGGAAAUGAAGCAGCUUGGUCUUGAGCCGGACGUUGUGAUCUGCAGUAUCUUGGCGAACGCGUUCGCCAAGCGGGGAGAUCUCAAGGCCGUUGAUCGUGUCAUUCAGGAGGCCAGGAUUCGCAAUUUGGACCCAGGGUUGUAUCUCACCAACGUCGUCCUGGAUAGUCUUGUCGAAAAGGGGGUCUCUGCAUCCAAGAUUCGUGAGACGCUAGAUGGAAUGGUGGCGAGUGCGUUGCAGAUGAAAGUGCAGGACCUGGAUGAUGAGACCGAGAUUCCUGUCCGCAGACUUAGCGGCGCUCAUCCUCAGCGCCAAACAAGCGCCCCGAAACGAACUCAAGGCUCGACUGAUCGGUCUUCCGGGAUGUCUUUUGGUUCAGAACGUGGCGUAGACGCCGUUACAUUGACGACUCUAAUCAAGUACCACACUCGACAAAACGACCUUCAAUCAGCUCAGCAUUUGCUCCAGCUGAUGGUUCAAGCCGGGCUUGUACCGGACAAUCGUGCUUAUGUGCUCCUUCUUGCAGCCUGUAUUCGAAAGAAGGACAUUACAGUUGGUCUGUCCACCGUACGCGCGACAAGAAUGUAUUCUAAGGAGUUUCCGGAUGCCAAGGCAUGGAAGGGACUACUGCGAUGUGCUUUGGAGAUGGAGAAGCAAGGGUUAUUGGUACAGGGGCGACGUCAGCGGGAUACCCUGAGCGGAUUCUCAAGAUUUUCGUCCAGCACAGGUUCAGCGAGUAUCAAUGGUAACACGAUGCAGCACCAGGAUGGUUAUGUCAUUUCUGUACUGAAGGAGCUGUCUAGCGUACUGCAGGAAAUGAAAAUGGACCAGACGGACCCAAUGCCACGCUAUCAUGGUGCUGCAAAAGCACUGAAGACCGAUUCUGCUAUCAAGGCUUAUCUUUCGGAGAUUUUGACGACGUCCUGGCUUUCGACGUCGAACAAAGCGGACGAAGACAAGGAUGAACAAAUCUUGAAUGCGGAAGUCAAGGGCAAGAAUGGACUUCUGCGACGCCUGCUGAAUCAUUUGCUACGAGAAUCUGGCUCAAGUAAAGGAGGGCCUGGAUCGAAGCAGGACGAGGAUGAGUUAUUAGAGCAGGCGACAGCAGAAUCUGCAGUCGAGAUUGAGCAUCGGUGUGAGCAGGCGAUCUGGCUCGUGCGGUUGGUGGAAUCAUCGGGCAUUAAACUUGGGGUGCGCUGGAAGCGGGAUGUGAUUGUUCCCAGGAUCCAUUCCCUUACAGGACGAACCCCGGCGUUAAUUGUCAAGCAACUUGGUAGACAAAGAGACCUUCCCAAGGAUGAUAAUUAAAGCUUUCUAUCGCUUGUAACACAGACUUUAUGGAGCGCGCUACGUUAGCCGCA